UGGCGCGCAAGACUUCGUGAGAGUAGGUUAUGUGAUGGUUUUGUGUCAAUGACUAUUGUGUAAGAUGUUGUCGUGAAAACUUGUGUGAUUUAUUAAGUUAUUAUUUUAUUAAUAAUAAAUAAUACACUGAUUAAUAAUCAUACAAAUGGAUCAUAAAAGGACAUACAAGAUUGUUUUUAACGUAAAACAAUGACAUGCGUGUUUAGUGUAUCACUAGUGAUGUGUUGAAAGUUAUAUCGAUAAAUAAAAUGGAUACAGAAAUGCAUAAUUCAACGUUGGACACGAUUUAUCCGCGGGAGGCGACUAUAAUGGCGGCCGCGUGUGCUUGUAUAUUUAGUACAGUUGGUGUUAUAGGUAACCUGAUAACAACCGUGGCUUUGCUAAUGCAUCCAAAACUACGCGGCCAUGUAACUACAAUGUUCGUGCUCUCACUCUGCGUCUCCGAUCUCCUGUUCUGCAGCAUCAAUCUACCACUAACUGCAAGCAGAUACAUCAAACAGCAAUGGGUGCUGGGUCCAAGACUCUGUCAGAUGUUCGCAUUCGUGUUCUACGGGAACGAGGCUGUGUCUUUACUCUCCAUGGUCGCUAUCACCAUCAACAGAUACACAUUGAUAGCGUACUAUGACAUGUACUCCCAGAUCUACACAACAACCAAGAUCUGGAUACAGCUGCUUCUAAUUUGGCUCGUGUCAUUUGGUUUAAUGAUACCACCGCUCCUUGGCAUUUGGGGUCAACUAGGAUUAGACCCGAAUACGUUCUCUUGUACCAUUCUACCCAAAGACGGGAAAAGUCCUAAGAAAUAUCUCUUCGUGUUUGGUUUCGCGCUACCAUGCGUCGUGAUAAUCGUGUCCUACUCUUGCAUAUACUGGAGAGUUCGGGAGAGCAAGAGAAAGCUGGAAGGACGCAGGUGUGUAUGUGGCAAACUAAGCGGUCAAACAGCCAAAGAGAAAGAAGAGGACUCGCGCCUUACAACACUGAUGUUGACGAUAUUCCUUUGCUUCCUUGCUUGUUUCCUUCCCCUCAUGAUCAUGAACGUAGCAGACGACGGGAUCUCUUUCCCCUGGCUACAUAUCAUAGCCUCCAUCCUCGCUUGGGCCUCCAGUGUGAUGAACCCACUUAUAUACGCGGCGACCAAUAGACAAUAUAGAGCUGCGUACGGCAAUCUUUUAAAAUUCUGCAAAAAUAAUCCUGUUGCCCGAAGGACUACGUGGGGGAGUAGGACUGUCGGUCAAUCCUCGAAUUCUCCCCAUUACCUCGAUAAACGCAACCCCUUAAAAGAGAAACCGACUAAAUUAUAAGUUGUUUAGCUUCGCACUGGAUGCGAUGCGACUUGAUUCAAAGGGACCAUUGAUUGGUUAUUGUUUGUCUGAUGAUACUUUGAACUGAAUAAUCUCGGAUAAAUGUUUAGAAUAUAAGUACCAUAGAAAAAUAGCUUACAAUUAUCAACUGUCAUUAUAUAAAGUAAAUUUUUAUAAAUCAUAUUUUGUAUAAAACCAAUUUAUUAACCUAACGCGACACAUAUGUCAAAGUACAACGCAAUUAAUUUUGUAACAACCUUGCUCAUAUAACAUGUAGUUUACUACAAAGAAGAAGAAAUAUCAUCUGGAUUUUUCACGAAUGUGUAGAGCUAACCUUGCUUAGAUUCUUUAAGCAUCUGUAAAUAAAUGUUAAUAAUUGUAAAUACAAAUGAAAGUAGCAUACUUACAUGACCAAAGUAAUUUAUUUAGACGCUAAGGUGAAAAAAAUAUAAUAUUCUUAAGUGUUAAAUUAAUACCAAUUUAUACUCUACCAUUACUUGUACUUUCGUCUGUAGAAAAAUAAAAAACAAAUUAAAAAAAAUACAACCAUUUCUAAAAUUGAGGUUCGAAAAGUUACCAGUUCAUAAUUAUACAAAAUUCAAUGUCCGAGAUAAUAUAUAUCAUAUCUUAAAUUUA